UUGGUAUUGUAUAUAAGCCAGAUUAUUAGUCCAUGCUCGGACCAGUUACCCCUUUCCAUCUAAUUGAGAUGUUUGUGAGACUGACGAUCGUUUUAGGAGUCACGGUAGCUUUCGCGACCGCUGCAAUUGAAAUAAAUUCCAGUAGGCCAUUGCUGUUCGGGACCCACAGAAUAGUUCCUCCAACACUCGUUCGACAGUAUGAAUCGGAUGAAUUCGAAUGGAAUGAGUUCGAAGUGCGCCAAACUCAUUCCAAUGCACAAAAUCGAAACUUUUUCCCGAUUCGGUACGUUUCAAACGAACAGUACUAUCAACCUGGAGGACCUCUGUUUUUGUUCAUUGGAGGCCCAUGGGAACUGCAGCCGGAUGUAGUGUUGGAGGGACAUUUCGUGGACAUUGCUAAAAAUAUGAGUGCAUAUCUGGUUGCUAAUGAGUUGCGUUACUACGGACAGAGUAUACCGUUUGAUGAUGCUUCGCGCGCGAAUCUACGAUUACUGGCUAUAACUCAGAUUUUACCUGACAUCGCAAGUCUUAUUACCCAUCUUAAAUAUGAUGUUCUUCGUGAUCCCGAGGCAAGAGUUAUUUUGGCUGGUGUAGGAUUCUCGGCUUCGAUUGCGCAGUGGGCCAGAAAGCGAUAUCAACAUCUAGUGCAAGGCGUGUGGUCUUCAAGCGGAAUGGUGGGAGCCAGUACGGAAUAUGAAGAUUUUUCUGAAGCUGUAGGAGCAAAUAUUCGUCGCUUUGGAAGUGACGAAUGCUACAACACUAUUUUUCAAGGAUUUGGUGUUGCUGAAAAUCUUAUAGAUGCUGGACUAUCGUCCACCCUGGAUAGGAUGUUCAAUGUGUGUAGUCCAAUCAAAAGUGAAGACUCAGUCGAUGUGGAAGCUUUCCUGAAUGGAAUAUUCAAUGAAAUAGCUUCACAAGCAGUGAGCGUGAAUCUUCGUGAAACCAUUGACCAAAUGUGUCAGGUAUUGACCGAUCCUGAUCAACCUAAUGGACUCACGGCCUUAUCUGAGUGGUUGACUGGAAGAUUCCCCGAUGCAGACUGUCUUGUGAUGGACUUUGAAAGUAUUAUUGAAGCAUAUCAAGUAACCGAUUGGGAGGAUGAAAUGCUUCGUAAUGGAGAACGACAGUGGUUAUAUCAGAGAUGUACCGCAUUAGGUUGGCCACUAACAAGUAGGUCACCAGAUCAACCAUUCGGGCGCCGAAUCACUCCGAAUCUUUUCAUGCAAAUCUGCGAGCGUGUGUUCGAUGAAUGGCUGACUCCUGAUGUAUUCAGAUCACUUGUACGAGAUACCAACAUUUUCUUCGGAGGUCGUCGCCCAGAUGUUCAACGAAUCUAUCAUAUGCAUGGUUCGUUAGAUCCGUGGCGCUACACAGGUGUAAGAAAUGCUUAUGGAGACUCCUACAUAAGGUUAAUCAUGAAUGCUACUCACGGUGAAGAUUUGGCAUCGAUCUCAGAAGAUGAUUCCUACGCUCUUCGAUCAGCCAAGGAAAGUGUCGCACGGGAAAUUCGUCGUUGGGUAUAUCAGAAUCCUGGACCUCCACCACCAUUUUAAUGUUGCAUGGUUACUUAAUUGCAAUGUAGAAAGAUUGUUGAAAUAAGCAGACUGA